AUGGCGUCAAUUUUAACGGCGGAUGAGCUGAUGUCGUUUCGAAUUCUGCAAGAUAAUGCCGCGCCACAUCCAUCGUCGUCGUCUCCUUCUGCCGACCCCACCGACGCCGUGAUCUUUGUCGGAAUCAGUUUGGUUUUGGGCAUUGCCUCCCGCCACCUUCUCAGGGGAACCAGAGUUCCCUACACCGUUGCUUUGCUGGUUCUCGGAAUUGGCCUUGGAUCAUUAGAAUAUGGAACCAAGCAUCGGUUGGGAAGGAUUGGAGAUGGCAUUCGUAUUUGGGCAUCUAUUGAUCCUGACCUUCUCUUGGCUGUGUUCCUUCCUGCACUUCUGUUUGAGAGUUCUUUCGCUAUGGAAGUACACCAGAUAAAGAGGUGUAUGAUGCAGAUGUUUCUUCUUGCUGGUCCUGGCGUGCUCAUAUCAACCUUUUUUCUGGGAUCUGCCAUUAAGCUUAUUUUUCCAUAUGAUUGGAGCUGGAAAACAUCAUUAUUGCUUGGGGGCCUUCUUAGUGCCACCGAUCCUGUCGCAGUUGUAGCCCUCCUGAAGGAGCUUGGCGCAAGCAAAAAAUUGAGCACCAUUAUUGAGGGAGAAUCUUUGAUGAAUGAUGGGACAGCAAUCGUGGUUUAUCAACUCUUUUACCGCAUGGUUCUUGGAUGGACCUUUGAUUGGGGGUCAAUAAUCAAGUUCUUAGCACAAGUUUCUCUCGGCGCUGUGGGGACUGGUCUCGCUUUUGGAAUUGCUUCUGUUCUCUGGCUAGGAUUUAUCUUCAAUGACACUGUAAUUGAAAUUACUCUCACACUUGCUGUGAGCUAUGUGGCUUACUUCACGGCACAAAUAGGGGCUGAUAUUUCUGGUGUUUUGACUGUGAUGACUCUUGGGAUGUUCUACUCUGCCUUCGCUAGGACUGCCUUUAAGGGUGAAAGUCAAGAAAGCUUGCACAAUUUCUGGGAGAUGGUUGCUUAUAUUGCCAACACACUUAUUUUUAUUUUGAGUGGAGUUGUAAUUGCUGAAAGCGUUCUCGGGAAUGACAGCCUAUUCAAAACCCAUGACAAUUCAUGGGGAUACCUCUUCCUUCUCUACCUGUUUGUGCAAAUUUCUCGAGUUGUAGUUGUUGGAGCAUUAUAUCCCUUUCUCCGCUAUUUUGGAUAUGGUCUUGAUUGGAAAGAAGCUAUUAUCCUUGUAUGGUCUGGCUUACGUGGGGCUGUGGCAUUAUCACUUUCCCUGUCGGUUAAGCGUAGCAGUGACAAUUCAGCAUUCAUCAGUCCUGAUACUGGAACUCUGUUUGUCUUCUUGACUGGUGGGAUAGUAUUUCUAACUCUUAUAGUCAAUGGGUCAUCAACUCAGUUUGUUUUGCAAAUUUUGAAUCUGGACAAGUUAUCAGCAGCAAAGAGGCGCAUAUUGGAAUAUACAAAAUUUGAAAUGUUGAAUAAAGCUUUGGAGGCCUUUGGUGAUCUUGGAGAAGAUGAAGAACUAGGUCCUGCUGAUUGGACUGCUGUCAAAAAAUAUAUUUCAAGCUUAAAUGAUCUGGAUGGUGAACAAGUUCACCCCCAUGAUUCGUCUGAAGACAACAAUAAUGUAGACCAUAUGAAUUUGAAAGACAUUCGAGUGCGGUUUCUGAAUGGCGUUCAAGCUUCUUACUGGGCAAUGCUCGAUGAAGGAAGGAUAACUCGUACAACAGCCAAUUUACUGAUGCAAUCUGUUGAUGAAGCACUUGACCUGGUGUCCCAUGAAUCUCUCUGUGACUGGAGAGGUCUAAGUUCAUACGUGAACAUCCCCAAAUAUUACAAAUUUCUUCAAACAAGCAUGGUGCCCCAGAAGCUUGUGACUUAUUUUAUUGUUGAAAGGCUGGAAUCUGCUUGCUACAUCUGUGCUGCCUUCCUGCGUGCCCAUAGAAUUGCUCGACAACAAUUACAUGACUUCAUUGGAGAUAGUGAAAUUGCAUCGCUUGUACUCAAGGAAAGUGAGGAAGAGGGAGAAGAACCAAAGAAGUUUUUGGAAGAAGUUCGUGUUUCUUUCCCUCAGGUGUUGCGGGUUGUGAAAACUAGGCAAGUGACAUAUUCAGUGCUGAAUCAUUUAUCUGAUUAUGUCCAAAAUCUUGAGAAGAGUGGCUUGUUAGAAGAGAAAGAGAUGGUUCAUCUUCAUGAUGCUGUCCAGACUGACCUGAAAAAACUCCUGAGAAAUCCUCCUCUGGUCAAGAUACCUAGGAUACGCGAUUUGAUCAAUGCUAAUCCUUUGUUGGGAGCCCUUCCUUCAGCAGUUCGUGAUACACUAAUAGGUUCCACUAAAGAAACAAUGAAGCUACGGAAUGCAACACUUUAUAAGGAGGGGUCAAAACCUAAUGGUAUUUGGCUCAUCUCAAAUGGAGUGGUGAAGUGGUCAAGUAAAAGCACUAGAAAUAAGCAUUUGUUGCACCCAACAUUCACACAUGGGAGUACUUUGGGCCUGUACGAAGUCCUUGCUGGCAAGCCGUAUAUUUGUGACAUUGUCGCAGAUUCUGUGGUUCUCUGCGUGUCUAUAGAAGCAGAAAAGAUACUCACAGCAGUCAGAUAUAAUCCCGCUGUAGAAGAUUUCUUUUGGCGAGAAAGCACUAUCAUUCUCUUUAAAAUCUUGCUUCCCCAGGUAUUUGAGAAAUUAACAAUGCAGGAACUUAGAGCUCUUAUUGCAGAAAGGUCGAGCAUGAGUAUAUACAUUAGAGGAGAGACAUUUGAAAUUCCUCAGCAUUCUGUGGGGUUUCUGUUAGAGGGGUUUGUGAAAUGUCAAGGUUUGCAAGAAGAACUGCUUACAUCUCCUGCAGUGUUAUGUCAUACGCAUGUUGAUUCAAGCUUGCGAAGGUCUGAAACAUCAGGCGCUGGAUAUACCAGUUUUUCUUAUCAAGCAUCGUCGUACCAAGUUGAGACAAGGGCAAGGGUCAUUGUGUGUGAUAUGGUGGGAUUUGAAACCAGUAGAACACUACAGCGGAGACCAUCACUUGUACCUCCGCCAGUUGAUCAUCCCUCCGGGUCCUUUUCUAAACAGCAUAGUGGUCUAAUGAGUUGGCCUGCACAGUUUCAUGAAGCGAGGCAGCAGAAGAAUGACUUGGAAAAGGGCGAUGGUGCAGGAAACAAUUUAUCAGCUCGAGCUAUGCAGCUGAGCAUCUUUGGCAGCAUGGUGGGGAAUGCUAGUUGGCGUGCUAGAGGUUUAUCUGGACGCACCAAGUCAAAUCCAACACAUAGUAACUCAUACCCAAGCGUUCCAUCAACUCAUGCGAGGCCUCUUGUUGGUGCCAAAUCAGAAGGGGCCAUUGUGAAAAAGGUGGAAGUUGCAGAAGGCCAAUCUCAAAACCAGGGAGCGGUAGAGAAUGAGGUUAGGGAUGACUCAAGCGAUGACGACUCAGGGGUUGAGGAUGAACAGCUUAUCAGAAUUGAUUCACCAAGCACGCUUUCUUUCCCCCGUGGACCCUGA